UGAUGGCGGCCUCCGUACUAACUUAACCUCAUUAAUUUCAUCGACAAAAGGCAACUAUACCACUUUCCAAACUGCGUGGAAAUAGGUUAGAUAUGCAGUGGGAAAAAUUACGCAAAAGAAAGCAUGGACAAGUGCAAGCAUGUAACAAAGUUCAACCUUGGUGACAACCAUUCAAUUCUAAACCCUCAAAAAUGGGUGUGCAUUGUGUGUGGUACAACCGAAAGUGUAUGGGCUUGCCUGAACUGCAAGCAUGUUGGCUGUGGCAGAUUCAAUGAUGAACAUGCAGUGAAACAUUUCCAGGAAGCUGGGCAUCCGAUAGCUAUUGAAGUGAAUGAGAAAUACGUUUACUGCUACAUUUGUGAGGAGUAUGUGCUCAAUGAUAACGCCGCCGGUGACAUCAAGCUGCUUCGCACUAUGCUCAGUGCCAUAGCAACGCAGAACUUCGAAGGUGUGGUGCCGGAGGUUCGGAGUGGUCGCUUCCUGCGCUCUGCCAUUGUGAAUUCUGGCGAAUCUGAGUCGGCCGAGCAAGUUCUACGGGAGGCUGACAAGAUUUUUACUGCCUUCCGACACCGACGCUUUGUCCUCCUGAGCAGCACAUUCUAUGCCUGGCGUGAUUAUGUGCGUGCCAUAAAAACCAUGGCAUCCGCACCAACACCAGUCAAGGAAGAGAAGGCGGAACCUGUGGCUCCUUCUGUGGUGCCAAAAAGGAAACACGCGUUUAAGCCUGGAGUGACUGGCUUACGAAAUCUUGGGAACACAUGCUACAUGAACAGUAUCAUACAAGUGCUGGGACACAUAACAGAGUUCAGAGAAUAUUUCAUCAACAUGAAGGUUGCUCACUGUAACGCCUAUACAAACACGGGCAAGAAUAAGAACAAGUGCUAUAAGUCUGGAAAGAACAUGACAACAGUGCGAGUCUUUGCGAGGCAGACGACACAAGAAGCAAAGCAGCAUGUUGAGCAGAAGGAUAAGAGUUGUUGGAGUAAGAAGCAGGAUAACGGUGGUAAAGUAGGAUCAGGCACCAAGUCCAGCACUAAGGGCAAGGGCUGCAUACAGGGUGGCCUUAAUGGUGGCAGCUGCCCCAGUGCAUCUGGUGCUGGUCUGCAGAAGAUGGCAGUGGAGAAUAAAGCAGGCAAGACAGACGACACGGUGUCACUGUGUCAUGAGCUUCACGACCUUUACCGUGUGCUGUGGUCAGCGAAGUGGGCCAUCGUAAGCCCACACUCCCUGCUGCAUGCCGUGUGGAAGGCUAUUCCUUCUUUCAAGGGUUUCUCACAGCAAGAUGCUCAAGAGUUUUUGUGUGAGUUGGUGGAACGACUGCAGGCUGAGCUCACUGACAUGCUUCCCCAGGAAAACGCAUUGACACGAAGCUUAAACAGCAAGUGUCCACGCGGUUGGACGUAUGUGCCGGUCACAUACAACAUUACCCUGCCCAAGACCCUGCUUAAAAAUAUAUUCCAAGGAGAACUAGUCAGUGAGGUGUCGUGCGUAGCAUGUGGUCACAAGUCUCACACUUACGAGCCCUUUUGGGACCUGUCACUGGAGUUCCCAGAUAAGUACAACGUUCUGAACUCUCCCGAGGGAAGCUUUUCAGAAGACAACUGUGACCUAACAGAAAUGCUAGCCAAAUUUACAGAGAAAGAAUCGUUAGAAGGAAACGUAUAUGCCUGUGAUCAGUGUAACAGUCGAAGACGUUCCACCUCUAAGGAAGCCCCUGACGCUGUCAGCCGCGGAGAAGAGCCUGAUGGUUCAUUCGAACCCCCAAGAUACUGCGCCUGCAUCGAAAAGUAG